AUGCCAUACAUCAAUCCGCAAAGAUCUGAACGCCCCGAAAAUGAUCACCCAAGGUCUGCAACGAGCCUACAAGCCCGUUCAGGAUCGUCUGAAUCGUCAUCCUCACUCCCACCCGACCUCCCUUCUGAAGACUAUCGAGACCUCUGGGAGACUUUCAAUGGCGAAUGGAUGCUCCCUCAACGUAAUGUUGGUGGCCAAGAUUUUGGUAUGUUGGUAAAUGGAGUUUCCAAUCAAGACACAGCCGGAGGUGCCACCACUAGGUUCAAUGACAAUGGCUCGAACACUACUGCGACGACGAGCUUCGCAAGUGCGUGGAGGUCUGGCGGAAGGCACCAUGCGCGCCAGCGGUUCCGAAGUAUCCCAUCUGACCAAGACGAAACAGGCGUAUCGUUCGCACGCAAUCGGUCAAACGGUACAUACGAGCUUUACCUCACGCUGCCCUCUACUCUAAGAUUGGGGUCUUCUAGAUCUGUUGUGCUUCCCUCUGUAGCUGAGCCCCAUCAGGUAGAUGAAGAAAGGUGGUUCAGCAGUGCGACUGAGCUAUUACCUCAAAUCGGUAUUGACCUUGAGGAAGGAAGUGAACUGGAAAGUCUGCUUAAGAGUGGGUUGAGAAGGUUUUGGGGAUAUAUCAAUUCAGUAGGAAACGCCUAA